GUGCUGUUGGCAAUAUGGCGGCGUCUGUGUCCCCUCUGUGCGGUCUGGAGGAGGACCUGACCUGCUCCAUCUGUCUGGGAGUGUUCGAGUUCCCGGUCACGGUGCCGUGCGGCCACAGCUUCUGCCUGAGCUGUCUGCAGCAGUUCUGGUGUGGGGACCGGCAGUUCCUGCUCGGCUUCACUUGCCCCCAAUGUCGCACCGCUUUCACCACGAAACCGGAGCUGAAGAAGAACAAUGUGCUGUGCACUGUGGUGGAGGAGUUCCUGCGGUCCCGAAACCCCCCCGAAUGUUCGCCCGAAAAGCAGCUCCAACAACCGGGGGACGUGGCGUGUGACUCGUGCCCUCCGCGGGGCAACAGGGCGACCCGCACCUGUCUGACCUGUAUGGCCUCCUUCUGCCCCAAUCACCUGGAGCCGCAUCAGAACAGCGCCGCCUUCCAGAGCCAUCAGCUGCGGGAGCCGCUCCGGGACCUGCAGGAGAGGAAGUGCGAGGAACACAGUAAAAUCCUGGAGUUCUUCUGUGAGGAACAUUCCAAGUGCAUCUGUUCCCUCUGUCUCCUGUCCCACAAACUGUGCCGCACCGCCUCCAUGGAGGACACGAAGAAGGAUAAAGAGGCUAAACUGCAGCAGGAGCAGAGGGAUGUGGAAUAUCGGAUCAUGAGCGUACAGCAUAGCAUGGAGAGGGUGAAUUUCCAGACAGAACACCUUAAAGAAUCAGCUGUGAAACAGAAAAUGUUGUUCUCAAUGGAAUUUAAUGAGAUGAAAAUGGCAAUCGAGGAAGAGGAGAAAACUGCGUUCAGGCUGAUUGAAGAAGAAGAGAGAUUAGCCAACAAGCAAGUCAACAGCAUCCUGGGUAAAAUGACCAUUCAACUGUCUGAGCUCAAGCAAUACCGAGAGCAGUUGGGGGCCGUGCUGUCACACACUGAAGGCAUGGGCUUCUGGAAGGCUCUGUGCGGAGUGAGCGAGCCUAUGCCGGGGCAGUGUGAGCCACCAGAGCAGAUUGUGCUGGACGGCAAACGGCUGGAGCUGCUGGGAAAAGCCGUGGCCUCCCUGCGAGAGACGGUCAAAGGUCAGAUACACUCACAGAUUGAGAAGAGACUCAGGCGGCUGGCAGCAUCUUCGGAGCCCGAGGAAUCUGUUUGCACCCCCAGAGAAUCAGCUCCACUGAGGGAAUACGUUCCACCGAAAAUACCAGCCCAACCCAGUAAAGCAGCGAAGGAUAAAACCAAACCUAAGAAAAUAAAGCCGAGAAAUUCAUGCAAUCAGGACCAAAUUGGAGUUACACCAGAGAGCUGUGGCAAAGGCAGCAACUCACAACCAAGCAGUGGACCAUUGGUGAACACCAGCCAGCAAAUACCACGUUCGAGCAAGGCUUCCCCGAGGACCAGGGAGGAUUUCCUGAAAUACAUCUUCAAAGUGACCUUCAACCAUCGCACUGCCCACAAGCGGCUUGUACUGAGCGAUCACUACACUCGGCUGUCUGUGGCCGAACAGCCUCAGCCCUACCCGGACAUCCCUGAGCGCUUUACCCACAGCUCCCAGGUGCUGGGGUUCCAGGGGAUGGUGAGUGGCCGGUAUUACUGGGAGGUGAGCAAUAAUGGGCAAAGCUUCUGGAGUGUCGGCAUCUCCCGCAGGGAUAUUGAGCGGAACGGAGCACAGAGCCGGCUAGGCAGGAACCAGGUGUCCUGGUGUUUGGAGGCAUGGGGAUCGAAGCUGUGCGUCUGGCAUAACGAGCGGGAGACCGUGCUUAAGCCUCCUCAGCCCCUGGUGAUCGGUCUGUACCUGGACCUGGAUGGGGGGUCACUGACCUUCUACUCCGUGGCUGACCGGAUGGUGUUCCUCCACCGCUUCCCUGUGCUCCUGGGCCAGGAGCUCUUCCCUGCCUUCUGGGUGUUUUCCAACAACACAACACUCAUGCUGGGGCCACGUGCACAGACCCCACUGCUGCACAGCCACAACACUUCAUAGAAAACUGUCACAAACACUUUGAGACACUAAUCAAGGAAUAUUAUAAAUAUAAUCAUUUGAGUUUAGUAACUGGAGGAGACAUUUUGCCUAUCAAGCCUGUUCCAUCAAUUAAAUUGAUGAUCCCCCUUCCCUGCCAAUUCUCUAUUCCCUUUAAUGACUUUGCUCCACAAAAACCUGUCUCUCAAUUUUUGAAGUGAAGUUUUCAGUAAGUGACACUAAUUGGCACAAAAUACAGUCACUGUACAUUACAAUAUAACCUGUGAAGCACUUUGGGACAAAGCUUGAAAGGCUUUAUACCAAAUGUAAGGAUUAUUACCUACUGGGGGAGGUAAGAGGGUGUUCUUGGAGCUGAACUGGCCCCAAGGUGACAUACCCAUUAACGGAAUUUCAGAAUCAAGCCAGCCCUCUAUGUCGGUCUCUAGUCCGGUUCCUGAGCCAGGUGGGUCUGCAAUAAUCUAGGGCACUGCUGAUGACAGCAUAGACCAGCCUGGCUUGUCAGCAGGACCUGUAAGGGCAGACCAGUCACUGGGGGCAGCGAGUCAUCCCCCUCAGCUCCUAUUAACCCUGCCUCCAAAGCCCUAAUGGGUAGGGCGGACCUAGCUGGACAAGCAGUGGGAAAACUUGCCAGACAGCAAUAUCAAUGGCCAAAGCUCGGUGGUUUUAGCUGGUUAGACUCCCAACAGUUAUCCCAACGCACACUCUGCGUUCCCCCCCAAGGCUUGGCUCUUGCCAACCUGCGCCGAAAACGUUCCGGAGUAAGGUGAGGAUGCAUCCCUCCAGGGAGAGAGUGAACAUCCCAUUACAAUUAUCUCUGGGAUUUCCAUGUGUAGGGGGAUGCAUGGAAUUCUCAAUUUGGUUUGGAGACUCUUAAGCAGGUGAUGGGUUUCUGCAUGUCGAGCGACGGGACACCAGUUGACCAAAAAAAAUUAUCCAGAAAGCUUUCUGAGAUGUUUGUGAUAAAAAUGCUGUGUUGAAUGGAAAGCUUUUUGUUGCAAUUCUCAGGUGGUGUGAGCUGAGUGUUUCACUUCAAGCUCUUGUGUUUGCCUCUCUGUAAAUCUAUCUCUGCUCAAUAAACAGUUGAUUAAAUGGCCCAG